CGCGCCAGCGCAGUUCCGAAAGAUCCCACCGAGACAGCGCCUGCGCGGUCGUGGCCGAGGAAGCUGUGGCGGCCGCGGCGAUGGAACCAGCCGAGCCUCUGAACGACUUAGUGUCAGCCGAGGGCCGAAACCGGAAGGCGGUGCUGUGCCAACGCUGUGGCUCCCGGGUGCUGCAGCCAGGGACUGCUCUCUUCUCCCGCCGACAGCUUUUCCUUCCCUCCAUGAGAAAGAAGCCAGCUCUGGCUGAUGGCAGCAAUCCUGAUGGCGAUCUCCUCCAGGAGCACUGGCUGGUUGAGGACAUGUUCAUCUUUGAGAACGUGGGCUUCACCAAGGACGUGGGCAACAUCAAGUUUCUGGUGUGCGCAGACUGCGAAAUCGGACCAAUUGGCUGGCAUUGCCUAGAUGACAAGAACAGUUUCUAUGUGGCCUUGGAACGGGUUUCCCAUGAGUAACUGAGGGGAGGGGGCGCAGCUCCACGCCCAACUAUAAAAGCUACCCCACUCAAGAACUGGUAUUUAAGCUGGUGGAACUGCCCUGCCGCCACCUUCUCUGUACUGACGCAGAACAUGAGCAUCGGCAUGCCCGCUGGGACAUGCGUACGGCUAAUCCCCGCUUCCUUCAAGCCCAAGUGCGUGCCUCUGACGUGGCUCACUUUGCGUCCCGACAUCUCCUAAUUUCCCUCUUCCCCUAGUUGCAGGACACUGGAACACUUCCACAAACCUCUCAUCCCUGGCAUCCGGCCUGGGCUCUCCAAUCCUGGGCUCCCUUGUUUCUUGCUCUGUAAGAGUAGUAUUCAGCCUUUUAGCCAAGAUGACCCAUGACAGUCGAUGCUCAUGCUAAUAGUUCAAACCACCUUUCUGUCUCAUUCAAGAAAGCGUACGAGUGUCUGAGAGUGACUUCGUUGUAUGACUAACUUUAUCUACAGUAAUUUAUUUUUAAAAAUACAGCAUUUACAGACUUCGGUAUUUAACUACUCAUAAGAAACACAUUACUUUGGACACACCUGUAAUACCAUGUUUGAGAGCCGAGCCUCUAGGUUGAUAAUGACUUUUUAUUGUGAAGAUGAAUAUACCCCCUUUUCCCUUCAAAUCUUGCCGUGGUUUCUUUUUACAUUAUAGCCUAUAAGUUGAGAAUCAGAUUUGCAACCCCAUCUGGCAGCCACCCCAAGGAAAAUUCCACCCUGGCUUUCAGUCAGAGUGGAGCAUGUGGGAUAUAGGAGGAAUAGACCUUUGCCAAAUUAUACGUGACUUUACAGGUUUGUCUUAUCUGGGCAAGUAACUCUUCCUUUGUUCUUAGGAAAGACUUCUCUCAUGGAUAGUGUCAUCGUUUACUGAACCUACGGAGCAUGGUCCUCAGAGCUUUGGUUCGUUUGGAAUCCCUAUACCAACCCAGAACACAAACUUUGUCCAGAUGCCACUGUCUCUAUAGCUGUGGGAUUGCUCUAACAGUUUCGUGUUAGCAAACUUACUAACCCUUCAAUAUGAUUGUAACUUGUUCUGUCACUUCUCUUCUGAAGUGACUCAACAUCUUAGGAAUCUCUAUAACCAGGUCUCAGGUGUCCUCCUGUAAGCCCUACCUCUAAGAUUGAGGAGACCCUAGAAUUAAAAUAAGGACGAAAUAGAAACCCUACAAUCUAUAGCCCAUCCUUCUGUAUCUGUUUUGUGCUUGCUUCUGCCUUCUUUCUCCCCAGAACUUUUCUAAGGGCUCCCCAACUAAAGUGUGGGCCUUGGGCACGGUUUUGCAACCAACCUACUCUAGAAAGGUGGCUUCCUACCCCAGUCAUAGCCUCAGCGAGCUCUAGUUGAAAAUGAAAGAACUGUUCUCUAGACAAACAGUCAAAUGUCCGUGAUUGUGGCAUUUGCAGAAAAACAACUGUGAGAAUUAUCCACUCAGGUCAGAAGGAACAAAACCACAUAGAUGCCUCUAGGGGCAUGUGGCCCCUUCUAUCACAAGCCAAAACCUAAGCAAAGCAUUUUUUUUUAAUUAGACUUUGGCUUUUCUUUCCUUUUUUAAUCACAGAAAUAGUACACAUUCAUUGCAGAUAAACACAAAAGUGGGUAUAAACAUUCUUUUAAUCACUCAUUUCUACCAUCCAGAGAUUGCCUCUGGUAAUGUGGUGAAACUCCGGUUCUCAGUGCUUUUCUAUAUGUAUAUAUAAACAUGUAUAGUUUUUAAAAAUAAAUACGAUAUCAUACUGUGUUCUUUUAUAACUUGCUUUUUCCAUUUGACAAAAUACUGACUUCCCAUGUUAACAGAUAACCAUCUGUGGACACCCUUGUUUUUAGUAUUCCAUUGUAUUUCUGUAUUAUAAUUUAUUUAAACAAUCUACUAUUAGAUUGUCUCCAGUUUCUUAUAAACAAUGUGAUGUAAGUGCAACUUUCUAGUUAAAUCUGUAUACACAUUCUUAAUUAUUUCCUACAUUAUUAGAAGUAGAAUUGCGGGGUAUGCACGUUUUCAUGGAUUUGCUCUAUUGACACAUACUCUUCAGAAACAGCUGUGCUAAUUCACCCUCCCCCAGCCGUGUAGAAGACCACUCGUUUCUCUGAACCUUCCUAACACUGGCUAUUUAUUAUCAGUAAAAGAAUAUUUUGCCACUUUAGUAGAAAAAGUAUCUCACUGUUUUAAUUUGCAUGUAUUUUAUGUUUAAUGAAAUUUUUAUACACUUAUUGGUCAUUUGUAUUUUUUUUUUUAGAGAAUUGCCAAACAUUGUUGCCCCAAUAGCCAAAAAUAUCGUUGGUAUUCUGCCUUUGCAGUUUAAUUUGAAAGAAAUAAAGGCAUUUAAACAGUA